AUGACUCAUUAAUUAUCCAACAUUGAAAAAAUAAAAUAGUAACUUCAUCUUUAACAUUAAGUUAAAGAGAUAUUGGCAAAAGAAUAUGUUGAUCUACAAGACAAGGAGCAUUUUCAAGUAUAAUAAGAUCAAUCAUAAGGUUAUUGUUGGAGUUUUGGAGAAGCCAAAAAAGUUAAGAAAUGCCAACGAUUUAUAAUUAUUAGCCAUGGCAUUCUCAUCAAUUAAAUAUUUUUCGGAGAUGAGCAAGACAACCAGUUAAGAUGAAAUGCUAAAUUUAUUUAGAGUAUCAAUAUUACUGAAUAAAGGAAUUGCAAUAUAUAGAAGUACCUGCCAGGAGAACUUUAUUUCGUUUGGGAGAUAUAGGAAAGAACUUCUAUAUAAUUUUGAGUGGCUCAGUUUGGGUAUUUCAAAUUUUCAUCAUUUUAGGUCUUAGUAGCUAGAUCAGGUUUACAGAGUGGUACAUUCACCAAAAAAGAUGAGAACAACAAAGACAAAAUAGAAAUAGAAGAGGGAACCUUUUAAGUAAAUGCAAUUGAAACUCAAUUUAGGAUGAAUUUGAAUUCAUUGAAUUAGAUGACGAAACCAUGUUAACUCAGAAAUAUCCAACCCUAAUGAAAGUAGGUUAAAUAGCAGCAGGUGGCUCUUUUGGUGAAAUAGCUCUUACUAAUUUUAUCCCAAGACAAGCUACUAUUGUUUGCAAAGAGGAUUCACAAUUCAUUACAUUAUCAAGAGAAGCUUUUAACAAAUUUCUAUGUAAUUAAUGAAUAUAUUAUAAUAGCUGAAUAUUACAAUCGAAUCCAACAAAAGAAUUUUGAGUUUCUCAAAUCAAUUCAAAUAUUCAAGGCUUGGAAUGAUGCAGAGUUAAGUUAAAUGUAAUAUCAUCUUCAACCUUUGGAAUAUUGUUAUGAUACGUUGAUAUAUAAGGAAGGAGAGAUAGUGAAGUAGAAUAAUCUAUAUUAUGAAUAGAGGUGUUUAUUUCGUAUUGGAAGGGUAAAUUGAAAUUACAUAGAAUGCAAAAAACGAAUAUCAUUUUGAUUAACAAUAUAGUCGAAAAUUACAGAGAUCUUAUAGUAAUGUAUACUAAUUCUAUUCAAGGUCAAAAGAAUAUUCAAUUAAAAUUAAAUCGAUGUGGAUAUGGAUAAAUAUUCGGAUAUUUAGAAAUAGUGGCUAAUUAAGAAUUUCGAUAAUCAAAAGCUGUCUGUUUAACUGAAAAAUCUAAAAUGUUAUUUUUGCCUGCAGAUGUAUUAAUAAUAAUGAAAUUUAGAGAUUUAAGUUGUAUUGUUGUAGUGGUUAAACUUUGUCGGAGUUAAAUAAAAUGAUUGAUAAAUUAGAUGAGAAUAAGAGAAUCUCCAAAGAAAUAUUCCUAGGUAAUUCAUAUCAACAUUCCGGUGGGUUCGAUUUCUUGACUUAAUCACCAAGCUAUUUGAUUAAAACGUAGGAUGAAGAAGAUAAAUUUGGAUAGGUCAAUUAAUCUUAAUAAAAUCAUCAACCAACUCAUAAAAAGAAACAACCUUAAAAAAAUACAGAAGGGAAAUCUCAAAAAAUUGUUUAAGAAAUUUUGGGAAAGAUUUAACAUUAACCUUCUAAUAUUUAAAAUUAUUAUGAAUUUAUUUCUUCUCAUUCAAAGGAAAGGAAAUUAGAACUCACUUUUGAAUGUCCUCUUAUUGAGAUUCAAUAAAGCAGAAAAGCAAAGAUUUUAUAAUAAUAAUUAUAACACCAAUAAUCAAUUCAACACUCAAAAACACCAAGUUAAAAUCUUGAUUCAAGAGUAUGUUUAAUUUAGAGUUUGAAACUCCCUAAAUUAUUUAAAAAGAAAAAGAAUAACGAAGAUGUCCAAUUAUAAGUUUAUAAAUUUGUUCGAUAAUAAAAUUAAAGUGUUUAGCUUUAUUGA